GUCCGACCUGUACUUUUCCACAUUCGGAUGCGACAGCCCCCCGUGAAUCUUGUACCGACUAGGAGUGAGAUCCAACCCCCCAAACGGGUCAUACGGCCCCUCCGGCCUCGGCUCCUUCUUCUUUUCUUUGAGCCCCCGGAUGGAAAGUUUACCCACUGCGUCCGCUGUUGAUGAUGACCCAGCGGCGAGGUUGGUAACCGCUUCAACAGCCUUGUUCCCCCUCCGUUUCAGCUGAACCCGUUGCUGAUCCGGGAGGGGUUGUCCCCGUUCCAGGCUAUCAAUCUCCAUUUCCUUGAUUUUGAUCUUUUCCAUCUUUUCCUCUUCCGCCUCCUUUAUCGCGUCAAGUCUGCGCUGUCGGGCGGCAGCCUGCUCCGCUGCUAGCCUCCGACGUGACUGCUCAUCCUGUUCCUUGCCUGCGCGCCUAUUCCUCUCAAUCUCAGUUUUAUGCUCUGCCUCCCACUGCUGGAGCUGGGCCUCUGCUUUCCGCUUGGUGGGUUCGUCGCCGUGGACGAGGUCAAAGGUUAGGUCUUCGACCAUCUGGAGGUAGUUAUUGUAGUCACGGAGCGUGUUGAAGUCGUCUUCGACUUGGUUGAAGACUUGGUUCACCCUGCGCCGGAUGUCGACUUCGCGUUCUACCGAAAGGUCGCCGAAAAAGGGGGAGCGGAAGCCUUUGCGGCGGAGGGUGCGGUGGCAGCCGGCGUAGGGGCAUUGCUGGGGGCCUUCGUUGAAGAGGCGGUUGACGCAGGAGGAGCACAUGGAGUGGUAGCAUUCGGGGUUGAUGAGGAAUUCCAUGUCGCGGUUGAGGUAGCGGAUUGUUUUGCAGACGGGGCACAUGUCGUCGCUGUCGGGUUUGGGGAGGCCGUCGGGGGCGAGGGAGGAGACGGCUGUAACGCCUCCGGGGCGGGGGGCUGAGGUGGGGGGGCGUUGAGGGGGCAUUUUUUUUUUUUUUGUUUUUUCUAUUUCUGUCUGGUGUGUUUGAAAUGUCCGGUGGACGAUAGUUGUUGUUGUUGUAGUGGUGAGUGGUGGUGCUGGUAGUGAAGUGGGAUGUUUGUAGUCGCGAAACCGUUUGCAAAAGGCUACAGUCGGAAUUAAUACAAGGCUGAGGUUGGUAAGCCACCACUUGACGCGAACCACCCCCCUGUAGGAUAUGUGGGGCCAGCCAUGUGGGGUACCUUUCACCUGGGAAGUGCGGGGUCCCCAAGCUUUCCAAAGAGCUCCCUUUUGCCCCCACCAUGAGCUCAGCGGCCAGCCAGUGUUCCAUCGCUUUCUAUUGUCAGUUUCCAAACUCCCAUAUCAACAAACCCCCUUUUCUCACCAUUCCCAACUAUCACCACCAACAACACUACAGUCAAACCCCUUCAAAAUGGCCGACACCGGAUCCCACCACCGAAGCCGCCGCGCUCGCCCGCGAAAAAGCCGAACAAGCCUCCCUCCCCUACACCUGGACCCAAACCCUCCCCGACCUAACCCUCACCUUCCCCAUCCCCGCCUCCCUCAAGGCCCGCGACCUCUCCAUCUCCCUCACCAAAACCACCAUUUCCGCCGGCAUAAAAGGUCAAACCCCCAUCAUCUCGGGUCAAUUCCCCCACCCCAUCCACGUCGACGACUCCACCUGGACAAUCACCACAUCCCCAGACAACAGCUCCAAAACAGUCGAGAUCCUCCUCGACAAGGUCAACAAGCAAGAGUGGUGGGCUCACGUUGUCACCACUGCCCCCAAGAUCGACGUCACAAAGAUUGUUCCCGAUAACUCCAAACUCUCAGACCUGGACGGGGAGACGAGAGGUCUGGUGGAGAAGAUGAUGUAUGACCAGCGGCAGAAAGAGCAAGGGCUGCCGACGAGUGACGAGCAAAAGAAGAUGGAGAUUCUCAAAAAGUUUCAGGAGCAGCAUCCUGAGAUGGAUUUUAGUAAUGCCAAGAUUCAAUGAGAAAGGGGGGGGGGGGGGUAAUGUUACCAAAAACCAAUGUUGGAAGGGGUGAGUGACAUCACGAAUUUUAUGAAAUAAUUUUAUACAGUGGGAGGUUUAAUCGAGUUCUAUUUUGGUCAUGAAAAUUCAUGAAAACUGGCUGGAGAUCAUAUUCUACCUCUGCUGCUGAAAAUUUUCGAAUACGGUCAAUAUGGGAUCAAGAUUGGGGGAAAUGUGAGGAGUGAAACGAAUCGCUCAAGACCGCUGAUUUUCAAGUCACCAAAGAAGCAACUGGUCAAGGCGUCAGAGAGCUCCUCUUGAUUUGAUCUUGGAAUCGCUAGUAAUGAUAAGCAGAUUGAAGAUGCUGCAAACCAUCAAUUGUCAGAUUGAAAGCGUUCCGUGGAAGAUUGGUGGUCACUCCAAAGAGUUAUGUCAUGCCAGAAAGGGAUGGAAAACCGUGAUACACCGCAUCACAGGGAAACAAAACAAAAAAAAAAAAAGAUGCAAUAGUUCGAUUUCUAAACCAUCGACCCUAUGGUCUC